AUGCGGAUCCACAGCAGCUGCUUUCAGAGAAGAGCUCCUCGGAGUGAGGAGGAGGAGGUGCAGAUCCUCGCUGCUGCAGAGCGAGCGCACUCACGGAGCCGCACGUUUGAUGAAGGAGCAUCAUUUGUUUUGGAGGUGGCUGCUCUGGGUCAACCUUUCAGUUUAGGGAUGCUCUAUGAUGCACGGAGAGGGAAACUCAUCCCAGGUGUCACACUCUGGAAUAAUAAAACUCUGCAGAAGAAGCCAGUGGAGCAUAAUCAGCACAGCAGUGAAUUUCACAUCAAUUUAACGGAUUCCAUUGAAAAAAAGUCGGCACUGCUGGAUGUUAAUGGUUCUCUGAAGGCCAGUUUCCUGGGUGGGCUCAUUGAAGUUGAAGGAUCAGCCAAGUAUCUGAAUGAUAGGAAGGUCAUACUGAUGCCUCUGAAGAAAUUACAUCCAAAAACUGCUUACAUGAUAAGCAAUGGAUUUAUUAGUAAGGCUGAAGAUACCUUACAGGAGCUUCAUAACCUUGACAUAAGAUGCAAUGAUCUGCUGGAGGACAGAGUGAUGAGAAGCUUUCCACAGAUACAAGAAAAGUUGAGCAGAUUCAAGAAGCUCUGUCAGUAUUUCAGAUCUUCACUCCAGGAAACAAUGGCUGAGAAACUUCCCUCCAUCAGGGCAGGUGAGGAAGAUAAGCAGGAAUUAGUGAAAGUGUUUUAUGACAGAGACAAGUCACCGUUCAGUCAGGAGAGAUUAACCAAGUGGAUCAAAGAUGAAGAGAGAGAAGUCACCAUCAUCAGGUACUUUGUAGACAUGAUGGAGGGAACAAAGAUCAUCUCAGAUCAGUCUGAGCUGGACAGAGAGGUGUUUAAACCAGGAGUAGAGGAAGUUCUCUGCUUUGUUUUCACCUCCCUGAAAUCCACUGACCCAUAUCUGCAGAACAUGUCUGACUACUUGGAGAAAAAGAAACUGGAAGGUACUGAUGGUAACAAUCCACCUACCCAGGACCAAUGGUACCGCUCAGAUGAAGUGAUAAAGCAGAUGACAGAAAAGGCCGAAGCGGUGAAAAACUGCAGCAGACUGUUUAUAACAGCCAUUCAAAAUGACCAAUACAAAGGAGGAAGUAUCUACCUCUACAGGAACACAAACCUGGUCACUGAUGAUUUCUCAGGACCUGAUGUCACUGAUGUGGAAAAGGUGACGAACAGGGGAGAUCUGAUGUGUUGUAAGUACUAACAAAAUAACACUCUUUCAUCUUAAAAUUAUCUGAACUGUUUAAAGUGAAAUUAUUCCCAUUGAUCCAUCCAUCCAUCUUCUUCUGCUUAUCUGGGGCCGGGUCGUGGGGGCAGCAGCCCAAGCAGAGAAGCCCAGACCUCCCUCCCCCCAGUCACCUCCUCCAGCUUGUCUGGGGGAACACCAAGGCAUUCACAGGCCAGCUGAGUGAUAUAUUCUCUCCAGCGUGUCCUGGGUUUGCUCCAGGUCCUCCUCCUGGUGGGAGAACACCUCACGCAUGAGGUGCCCAGGAGGCAUCCUUGUCAGAUGCCCAAACCGCCUCAACUGGCUCCUUUCGAUGUGGGGGAGCAGCCACUCUACUGGCCACACUUCUCACCCUAUCUCUAAUGGAGAGGCCAGCCACCCUUCAGAGGAA